AAGCCAUUUCAGACCUGGCAAUAGCCAUGGCCACUGUGUACACAUGGAAACCAUUCAUUCUGCUUCGACGUUAUUCCCAUAAAUCCCAUUGAUAGUAGUAGUAUUUACACAGCCAACAAGCAACAACUACGCAAAACAUACCCACCAAUUUUUCAUUCUCCUUUCAGUUGCAGAAGAAGAUAAUGGGAACCGUCAUCGACUCCCAUUUUCUUGCUCUUACUGCUAUUGUCACUGUAGGUUAUCAAUUCUUCUUCUUCAUUAUCACAGCGCUUCUCAAAUUCGACAAAGUUACUGACUUUGCCGGAAGUACCAAUUUUGUUAUACUUGCUGUAUUGACUCUGGUUCUAAAAGGAUCAUGGCAUUUUAGACAGGUUGUCUUGACCUUGCUUGUUGUAGUAUGGGGUCUGCGGCUCGGCUUAUUUCUAUUGAUGAGGAUUUUGCAAUGGGGGGAGGAUCGACGCUUUGAUGAAAUGCGGGCGAGUUUGGGAAAACUAGCAAUGUUCUGGGCAUUUCAGGCGGUCUGGGUCUGGACUGUGAGUUUACCUGUGACAAUCGUUAAUGCAAGUGACAGAGAUCCGUCUCUUCAGGCUGGGGACAUAAUUGGGUGGAUUAUUUGGUCUAUUGGUAUCUCUGUAGAAGCUACUGCUGAUCAACAAAAGCUGACAUUCAAGAACUCUCCAGACAACAGAGGAAAAUGGUGCAGUGUUGGACUUUGGAAAUACUCUCGUCAUCCAAACUAUUUCGGUGAGAUUUUUCUUUGGUGGGGAAUUUUUUUGGCUUCUACACCAGUGUUGAAUGGUGCUGAGUGGCUUGUUGUCCUGGGGCCAUUAUUCCUUACAUUGUUGCUUCUGUUUGUCAGUGGUAUACCCCUGCUCGAGGAAUCAGCAGAUAAAAAGUUUGGCAAUGUUCCUGCAUAUAGGGCAUACAAAAGUACAACAAGCCCUCUGAUUCCACUGCCGCCUGUAAUCUACGGGAGCUUGCCCUCAUGGUUCAAGAAAGCUUUCCUCCUUGAGUUCCCUUUCUAUAGUCGGAAUCUGCCUCAGGAAGGGCUAAACUGCUCAGACAAAAAGUAUGUUUCCAACUAGUAAUUUUCUUCUGUGCAAGGAAUAGAACAAGCAGCGGACAGACAAGCCAGCGGAUGAAAAUGCGUUAACUGCCUGAUGAACCUUGAAAGAGUAGAUAUCUUCCCAAUGCAUGUCGGUACUCUGUCUCUCGCUUGGCUGCUAGGAUCGUGCGCAGGAGCUGAGGGUUUGGUGUAAUUGUAGUUUCUUUCAGUUUUCUUUUGCAAUAUUUACAUUUUCCUGAUUUUUUUUUCACUCCGGAGCAAGAAACUGCAGUUACCUGGCACUUGAUUGAGUUGUUUAAAUUUGUUAAAGGUUUCUCGUUUAAUGGCAUAUCCUUACUUGGAACAAAGAAACAAGCACUUGAAUGAAGAAAAUUGCUUUUUCUUCAUUAGAAUCACAUAAAUAGAAGUUUUAAAUAUCAGAUCUACUUAU